UCCUCCUCUUCCUCCUCCCUUUGGGGUUAGUUUGCUUGUGUUUAGUUCCCAGAGACAGUCAAAUCGGAUUCCUUUGGGAAAGGACACAAAUCACUCCCGUUUGAACAAGGGGAACAGCGAAGGAGCUGUCUCCACAAGGGUCCACCUCUCCUGGUUGAUUUCAUAUUGCUCAUUCAUGUGAUUUGAUCAGAGAAUACUCUUUGUGGAGAAAGACAGGAAAGGAAAGGAGGAGAAAAUAAAGAAAAAAAAAGUCUCUGGAUGAUGACAUUUGAUCUAACCCUCAGCGAAGCCCGUUCUUGAUCCUAUUGUUUCUUAAAGUGACAUUAGACUUUUUUUUGCGCACGCUAGACCAAAGGGACCUCCAGUCUAAUCUUGCAGUUUUUGUUUGUUUGUUUGUUGCACGGUGUUCCCAAACCUGGAUGUUGACAUCUCGCGUUUCUUUUGGCACGUCGCUCUAUUUUCAGUUUCAGAGAGGAAGCGCUAAUAGAGACAAACGCGGUGACACCUGCUCACCCAUACACUUCUCCUUGUCUUUUUUUUUAACGGAGCGAUCAAAAGAAGCAAGCGCCGACAGAGACGGUGACAGGAGUCUGUUUUCAUGUUCGGGAUUCAAGACAGCAUUCAAAGGAGCGGGAGUAGUAUGAAAGAGGAGCCCAUCGGUGCCGGGAUGAACGCUGUCCGGACAUGGAUGCAGGGUGCCGGAGUGUUGGAUGCGAACACAGCCGCUCAGAGUGGAGUGGGUCUUGCUCGAGCACACUUUGAGAAGCAGCCUCCUUCAAAUCUUCGCAAAUCCAACUUCUUCCACUUCGUUUUAGCGCUAUACGACGGACAAGGACAACCCGUGGAAAUUGAAAGAACUACUUUUGUUGGAUUUGUUGAAAAAGAAAAGGAAACUACCGGAGAAAAGACAAACAAUGGGAUCCAUUACAGAUUGCAGCUUCUUUACAGCAACGGCAUCAGAACAGAACAGGACUUUUAUGUACGCCUGAUUGACUCCAUGACCAAACAGGCAAUUAUCUAUGAAGGGCAAGACAAAAACCCAGAGAUGUGCAGGGUCCUGCUGACGCACGAGAUCAUGUGCAGCCGCUGCUGUGACAAGAAAAGCUGUGGCAAUCGUAACGAGACGCCCUCUGACCCGGUCAUCAUUGACAGGUUUUUCCUGAAAUUCUUCCUCAAAUGCAACCAGAACUGCCUAAAGAAUGCAGGGAACCCACGAGACAUGCGGCGAUUUCAGGUGGUGGUGUCUACAACGGUGAGCGUGGAUGGACACGUCCUGGCUGUGUCUGAUAACAUGUUUGUUCACAACAACUCUAAACAUGGACGCAGAGCUCGCAGGCUUGACCCGUCUGAAGGCACUCCAUCAUACCUAGAACACGCUACCCCUUGCAUUAAGGCCAUCAGCCCCAGUGAAGGCUGGACGACAGGGGGUGCCACAGUCAUCAUCAUUGGUGAUAACUUCUUUGACGGCCUACAGGUCAUCUUUGGCACCAUGCUGGUCUGGAGUGAGCUCAUUACCCCUCAUGCCAUCCGAGUUCAGACUCCUCCCAGACACAUUCCCGGGGUUGUGGAGGUCACUCUGUCCUACAAGUCAAAGCAGUUCUGCAAAGGUACACCGGGCAGAUUUAUCUACACAGCACUGAAUGAACCCACUAUUGACUACGGUUUCCAGCGGCUACAGAAGGUGAUCCCUAGACACCCAGGUGACCCUGAGCGCUUACCAAAGGAGGUGAUUCUGAAGAGGGCAGCAGACCUGGUGGAAGCUCUGUAUGGGAUGCCACACAAUAAUCAGGAGAUCAUUCUGAAAAGAGCAGCGGAUAUCGCAGAGGCGCUCUACAACGUCCCACGUGGACACAACCAGCUGCCAGGUCUGGCCAACAGCUCAGUCCAUGCUGGCAUGAUGGGAGUCAACUCCUUCCACAGCCAGCUCGCUGUCAAUGUCUCCGAGUCCGUACAAGGAGCCAAUCAGGGUUUCAGUCGAAACACAAGCAGUGUAUCCCCUCACGGUUACGUACCCAGCACAACACCCCAGCAGAGUAGCUACAGUACCGUCUCUACUAGUAUGAAUGGAUAUGGCAACACAGGCAUGACCACACUGGGAGGGUCACCCAACUUCCUCAAUGGCUCUGCUGCCAACUCUCCUUAUGCCAUUGUUCCUUCCAGUCCCACCAUGGCCUCCUCCACCAGUCUUCCCUCCAACUGCAGCAGUUCCUCAGGCAUCUUCUCUUUCUCUCCGGCCAACAUGGUGUCUGCAGUCAAACAGAAGAGCGCUUUUGCUCCCGUUGUGCGGCCCCAGGCCUCGCCACCCCCCACCUGCACCAGUGCCAAUGGAAACGGCCUCCAAGUAGAUCAAUCUUUUGUGGACUCUAGCAAGUACUCCACCGCCAGCUCCCUGCAGGGACUGGCCUUCUCCUGAAUGAUCCCAGGGAUGAUUGUUCCUCCCAUGUAGGGGCUCCUGGGCCGCUGAAGAGGCACAUUUGAUUUCAGCUCUCACCAGAGAAUCUACUCUCUGGGAUAAAGGCAAUUUCUGGUGGAUGAGACAUGAAAACUAAACUUUUAAAACUCAGGCCUUUUGACAAAGGAAUCUCAUUUUAUGGGAAGAAAGUGUUUGUUUGCUUUUGUUUUAAGCUGUUCUGGACUGCUGUACCGAAGGACUUUACCCCCCGUGUUUUGCCCAUGAAGAAAGGAGAGAUGGAACUCCUUUUCAUUUUAUUCAUGGGCUGUUUUGAUGAAUUUAAUGAUCACAUGCCUUUUUUACAGACUGUAUCACACAAACAUGACACUUUUGAAGCGGGUGCAUCCGUAAUGUUUUUGGGAGCAGUGACGGGCAACAGCACAGAUCUCUGUUAAUACUGACCAGUUUUUAUAUAAAUAGACACAUUGGUGCAAAAUCCAAAUGAGAACAACGGCCAACCGUUUGAACACAGAAAAGAAGAGGGGAGGGUUUUUUUGUCCCAGAGAGAAGCCAACAAAUAGUUUGCCAUAAUGUUGUUUGUUUUCACACAAAAUGAAAUUGUAGCGCCAUAUUCACUUCCCUAUUGUUUUUUAUUUUAAAGCAUAGAGUCAUACAAAGCAUCUGGGUACCAGCCGGUUUGAAUGGCUAUGAUGUAGAAACGUUAUUUAAGAGUUAUUAAAUGCUGUCAUGCUGUAAUUUUUUAAUGUCCAGAUCCAUCCUCAAAGAGAAGAAAAAGUGACCCAAUUUCCACAACAAAUCAGUAUUUUUGUUCUUGCAAAUAUUUGCUGCUAAAUAGAGCAGAGAUAUGCAGUAAACAGAUGGACUGAAGGAAAAAGACCUCAGUUGCCAUGCCAUUAAAAAAAAAAAAAAAAAAAAAAAAACCUUAGAAUUUUAUGUGUGCUCAAAGAAUGUGCUGAUUUGUUUUUCUUUUUUCUUUUUGCUUUGUCAAUGAAAAAAAUGAAACUGUGAUAGAUACAUUUUAAUGUGUUUGGUUUGCUGUGUUUGCUAGUGAAGGAUAUAGGUUACAUGAAGGAUAAGAAGAAUACUAUUUCAGAGCCGACGGUUAAAGCAGCCCGUUUUUUCCUUUUUUUGUGUGUGUGUUUCUUUGGCUUGUUUUGGGGGACAUGACUUGAAUUAGCUAAGUAUUUUCAUGUUUAGACAGCACUGUAUGAAGAAUGCUUUCCAAAUGUGUCAAACACCCAACAUACAGCAGUUUGAUUGGCUCACUUUGGUAGUCGUCUAUUUUUGUACAUAUACUUUCUGUUGCCAAAGUCUUUGUUUUAUUUGUAUUUAUCUCAGAAUGGCUUAAGGCAGCUCAUAAUAACACUGAUGGUCGGUUCAUUGCAUAAGUUACACAAAAUCUCACCAACUUCAGCAAACACAAAUCAUGGAUUCUGGACAAAAAGAGGGGAGUCUCUGUAAAAUAUCCAUAUAAAUAAUGUAUGUAUAUCCAGAUUUUGUAUAUUGCUUUUCUCCCCAGAUUCACUUUGAUUGUGGAAGGUUUUUUCGUGAUUGUUUGUCCAUCUGUUCUCUUUCAUCACCGGCAUUGUCUUUAUUGUUAAUGUUUUUGUUUGAAUUUAGGUCCAUGUUUUGUAUCUUGUCAAGCUUUCCAUUUUUAUUUUAUUCGUAAAAAGCCAUUGUCUAUUUUUGUAUAAUUUGUAAGUUAAAAAGCAAUUGUUUUCCUUUUGGAAUUUUUUAAUGUAUGGCAAAAAAGUAGCAUCUCACAGCAUUUAGUUAAGUAGACUUAAAAAAAAUUAUAUAUAUAAAUAUACGAUGAAUAUAUAAAUCUAUAUCUUUUCUUUGAGGCUGACAGAACCUGUACUAUUGUAAUAAUAUGCAUGGGCUCUUCUCUGAGAGUGAUGGUUUUAUUUUGCUUGUCAAACCUAGAAGGACGUUUCUGAUGAAGUUUUAAUCUACGUUCUUUUCUUUCCUCUUUUAUUUAUCUGAUUAUUUAUGCCUGCUUAUAGAUCUGUCGAUUCCAUUCUCUCUCUCACACAUAUAUCAGUACCAGCAGUAAAGAUGCCUUAACAAUGCAAACCCAUAAGCGUACAAUAACUUGUGCAGACUUCACAACUACCAGUAACAGUAGCCACAGAGUUCCUUAAGGGAUUUCUUUCCAGAAAAAAAGCACAAAUUGGUCUGUUUUACCUAAAGCAGGGAGGGUUAAAUGAAUUAUUUGCCCUUUUUCUGUUGUUUGUAUUAUGAAGGAUAAUGAGAAAGACUAUAAUGAUUUAUAUUUUGUGUUGCUAGUGCCAUGGGUUGCACUUUCUUGUUAAUUUUUCAUUAAUGUCUGCUGCAUUCUUGAGAGGGGGAGAAGCUCAAAGCCAUAUUCUACAGUGUCACCGUUCACUCUGAGGGGACGUUCACUUCUGCUGGAGGUGCAUGUGAACCUGCAUGUUUUGGGUCGUGCCAUAGCACUUUGUAAGGUACCGUUGAUGAAUUUCUCACCCUGAGCAAAGUGACUCGAUAUCAGAGCACAAGGCCUUGCCCUCGGAGCUGAGGUUUUGACUCCCAGUCUGUAAUGCUGUGACUCGAGUCUAAUUCUACUGUCAGCCGAAUCGGCCCUCGAUGAUCGUCUUCAGGGCUCUUACAUGAAUGGUUUAAGUGCUGUCUUCUGUAAUGUGUGUCUGCGAUCUGCCAUCUAACAGAAAAAUGGCUUUUAAUAUGCUGAUGUGUGAGGACUUUUUAUCAGAAAUGACUGAUGAUAGACCAUUCAUGAUGUUUUCUUUUCUGUAUGUGGCUUUGU